CUUCGGUACCUACCAGUAAAAGGCGAUCAACUUAUUAGACUUCAUUCACACUCUUGAUCAAAGUCUCCCUUCGAGUAGACCCUCCACUAGCAAAAUGUUUGCCGGCCUAAUACCAGGUCUCAACUCCGUCAACUGGCCGGACAACGAAGAACUAUCCCCUCAAGUUGCGGCAAUUUUGACAAGCCUACUCAAUCUACCAAGCCACAAAUUCCUCUCAACCGAGGCCUUUUCCGCGACUAAUGCAACUCUGUUUGCUCAAUCCCUCUGCUUUUCCCGGCGAGAGUGGUCGGAGUGCCGCUCAUUCGUCCUGUUGAUUUACUUCUGUAUAUUUAUCCCGAUCGUUGUAUUCGCGUGGUUCUCCGGUGAGGAGGAAAGCGAUGGAGGGGGCGAAAUCGCCGGAGAGUCGCCGGAAACUGAUGAUUCUCCGGGAUCGAUGCGUGUCUUCAGAAAUGCACUUUUCAAUGCAAAUGGAGGUUUUGUUCUCCCGGAAUCAUACGACCCAUCGGAGAGCUUCUGCGUAAUUUGCUUGGAAGAGAAACAAAAUUGGCGAAUGUUCAGAAGCGAAAACUGCUCUCACUCCUUUUGUUACGAUUGCACAAGCAAACACAUUGAAGCCAAGGUCCAAGACAACAUCACAGUGAUUUGUUGCCCUGAAAUAGGUUGCAAAGCCGAGUUAGGCUUUGAAGCUUGUCGAAACAUCCUCUCGAAAGAUGUCAUUGUUCGGUGGGACGAAUGCCUAUGCAUGUCGCUGAUUCCUGAAUCCCACAAGGUGUAUUGUCCUUUCAAGGACUGUUCAGCUAUGCUAGUUAAUGACACGGGAACGACGAUAGGGGAGACAGAAUGCCCUUCGUGUCGAAGACUAAUCUGCGCCAAGUGUCGCGUUCCAUGGCAUACGGAGUUUACCUGCCAAGAGUUUGAGAGGCUUGGAGUAGAGGGGGAAGGGAGAGAAGAUGUGUUCGUAGAGGAACUCGCGAAGAAGAAGAGUUGGAGGAAAUGCCCUAACUGCAACAUGUAUGUGGAAAAAACUGAGGGGUGUAUACACAUUACUUGCAGGUGCGGUUAUGAGUUCUGCUAUAUGUGUGGAUCAAAAUGGGAUAAAUCUCAUAUGGAUUGCCGCCGAGGUCAAGAGUCUGAGACCUCCCGGAACCCUCCCUCUCCCUCUCCCUCUCCCUCUCGCGCUUCCUCUUCUUCUUCUAUAGAGUUCAAUUUCUUCUUUAACCCACAAAGUGACCCCAUCCUAGUCCCACCCCCACCUCCACUCCCUGUUGAUGACGGUGAAUUCAGAAGACCAUUGUCUUCCUUCCUCUCUCUCAACCGCCCUUGACGAUGUCCAGACUUUUUUUUGAAUGAUAAAUGACAAAUCAAUACCAUGUAAUAUAAGUCUCAUAUUCAGUUGAAUCAGAUACGACUCUUAUAUCUCUAGAAUUUGGGAGUAAUGCAUUGAGUAAUUUGAGGUGAAUUUUUAUAGAACUGUUACUAGCGAAGGAGAAAUGAUGGUGUUCAUGUAUCUAUGCUAAUGAGAUUUUAGUUUGACUA